AUGUACCGCCAGUGCCUAUGCCUUCCGCAUGACGAUGCCCAAGACGCUAGCCUUGCCACGAUCUGUGCGCUGGUGCAGCAGCCGGACCCCCUAACCCUGUUGCGUGUUGAACGCUUGCGUUAUGCCAGGCAGCUCAUUGCCAAUGGACCGGACAUCCUGUGGGCUCUGCUCAGGCCCAACGCUCAGUUCAUGACUUGCAUGCAGGAUGCCUUCUGGUGGUUGCAUUCCUGGGUUGCCAACACCACCGAGCUGGGCAAGCCCGACGUCAGUUGGGACGAUUGGCAUGACUUGAUCGUGCGCCGGCCCGGCCGCUUUAAAGGCAUUGUCAAGCGGGCCCGUGCCCUCGAAUGCGUGCGCGUUGCAGCCUUCGCUAACCUCCAGGCGUUUCGAAAGGCACUCCUCGCCAGAGCAGGGGUGCAAGAAGGCCCGGAUCGCACUGGCGAAGAUCGCCCCGCUGCCUACACUGAGGCAUGCUUGGUCUGCAAGGUGGCUUUCCCCACGCGAGCAACGUGGGCCGUCCACGCGGCCAAAUGCCAUGGCUAUCGAGCACCAGCCACGCUGCUUGCGAAGGAACAGGAGCAGCCUCUCUGCGCAGGGUGCGGCAAGCUCUUUGCGAACGCACACAGGCUGCGCCGACACCUUUUGCAUGCCGGGGGCUGUCGGACCCGUUGGGGUACCUUUGUGGUGGAUGGGGCGAUCCCGGCCAUCCCGCACUCACAGAGGCCGCCUUUGCAGGUUUCCGGCGCUUCGGCCCGCGCAGAGGAUUCAUACGAUCCUGUCCAGGUUCAUCCAGGUUUGCUGGCCCAACUGCUCGAUCUUGCGAGUCCCUGCCCCGAGGAUGUCUGGGAGAUCGUUGUUGAGUAUGUUGAGCCCCUGGCCAUUUUGAAGAGCACUCUUCAAUCAUGGGCACGGCACCCACAUGCUACCGAUCAGGUAAGGGAGGUUGCGGCCGACACGGAGCUUAUGCUUGACCCCGAGUUGUGGUGCGAGGACUUCCGUUCCGCCCGUCGUGGCUGCGGUGCUCCGGCGGCAUGCCGGGACCUGCUCCCCGUCAGUGUGUGCGCGGUUGACUUCCGAGUGGACGGAGUUUUGGCGACCUUCCGUCUUGAGGAGCCGCCCCUGCCGCAGUUUGUCUACCCCUUCCAAACUAGUGUUCCGCUGGCAGCAGCGAAACGUCAUCUCCUUUGGCUUGGGGCCGCGGUUGACACUGUGAACCACUUCCUCGCCGCGUCGGUGCGGGUGCCCGUCGUCCUCUCUGCGCCCCCGCGCGCUUUGCUCUGCCUACAGCCGGCGCGGAAGAGCAUCGCCAACUUUGCGCAGAUGAGCUUCUUCUCGAAGGCAGCCUUGAAUUGCGUGGCGGCCCAGUUGGAUACCCACAAGAUCGAGAACCUGGCGGAAGCCUUCGCCGGCUACGAUGCCGAUCACGAUGGACGGCUCAGCACCGCGGAGUUCGCGGCCGGCUUGGCAGAAAUGGGUGUCGACGUGGACGUUAUCGACCAGUUGGUGGCCAGCGUUGAUAUGGACUGUGAUGGCCACAUCAACUAUACCGAGUUUGUGGCCGCGCUGCUGCAGGUCCAAGGCAAGCUGAUCGACGACGUCGUGUAUCACGCCUUUCAGAUUUUCGAUCUCAACGGAGAUGGUCACAUCUCCUUAGACGAGCUUCGGAGUAUGCUCUCGGGUGGCGGUCCUCUGUCUGCCGUUUUGCCGGAUGGGAAGACGGUGGAGCAGGCAUUGCAGGACUUGGACACGUCGCAGGACGGCGUCGUCUCUUUUGACGAGUUCAAGGCCUACCUGACAAGGGAGAGCCAGGGCGCCAGCCAGAACAAAAGCCCCGAAGAUUCCAUCGAGGUGGACGUGCGCCAAAGCUUGGACGUGGUCUUGCAGCAGUUAGCGUCCCUGGUGGGUCGGCCAGAGGCAGAGCUACUUCGCCAGUCCAAGCGUCUGGCGCAGGAGCACUGGAUCACUACGGAUAAGGGUAUCCGUUCCGUAUGA